CACGGGAGCACCAAAGUUUUAUCAUAUCAUCAUACCCUGCAAAACAUACCCACCAUGAAAGUUCAUCAGUUCACACGUGGAUUCAUCUUCGAACAACAAGAUCAAGUCCCUUCCCUCUCCCUUGGCUGCAAGCGCUUCCGCCCUCUCGCCCCUAAACUCUCCUCCGCCGGCGGUGGCGCCAUCUCCGUCACUCCUCCCGCCUUUGAUCUCAAGAGCUUCAUUAAACCCGAAAGUAGCCCUAGAUCUCCCGACGAGAAGAAAGACUCCCCCCAGGCGGAGACGCAUCCGGGUGGAACGAGAUGGAAUCCGACGCAAGAGCAGAUAGGGAUCCUAGAAAUGCUUUACAGAGGGGGAAUGAGAACGCCCAACGCCCAACAAAUCGAGCAGAUUACAGCGCAGCUCGGAAAGUACGGAAAGAUUGAGGGAAAGAACGUCUUCUACUGGUUCCAAAACCACAAAGCCCGAGAGCGCCAGAAACAGAAGCGCAACAGUCUCGGAAUCAACCACAGCCCAAGAACACCUCCGCAGGCUGCGGCCGCGCCGCCCAUAACCACCGCUCCAUCAUUAACAUUCGACCCUUGGGGGGAAGAUAGUGCAUGCAAGAGAAAAUGCAGGCCGUGGGCGUUUGAGUGCUUGGAAGAGGAGGAGAAAAGAUGGCCGUGUAGCAGAGAAGAAUUCGAAGGAGAUGGAACUCUAGAACUCUUCCCCUUGCAUCCUGAACUAGGGAGAUGAUAAUAUGAUAUGAUGAUGGCUGGCAACCUUAAAAUAAUAAUGAUUUCUGACUCGAUCAUCGUAAUUCUUGACUAGCUAAGUCCGAUGUUGUACGUGUUCCUCAAUUUGCUCUAUCUCUUCUCUUUUUCCUGAUCUCCCUUGGGGGGUUCUUGCUUUUCUUCUUUCCUUAGUUUCAGGAAAGAAGACAAGCAGGUUGAAUUGAUUGUAUCUUUCUACCACUGCCUCUCUCUCUCUCUCUUCAGUUCUCUCUAAUUCUGGGUAUUGAAAAGUUAUUCUUAUUCCUGACUACAUCUAAGAUUCACUAGUGUAUUGGGUAAUUUCUUUAUGUUUUAACAAUCACAAGGAUUCGAACU